AUGAAUGAGAUGAAGGACCGCCCGGGAGACGGCCCGCUCUUCCACUUCUGCACCUCCGGAAACUUCACCGCAAACAGCCCCUACGAAUCCAAUCUCAACAAGCUCACCAGCUUCCUCCACACGAAGACGCCUCCCUCGGGCUUCGCCCUCGACUCCAUUGGCCGACACCAACACCGGGUCUAUGGCAUCGCACUGUGCCGAGGUGAUCACUCUCAUGUGUCACCCUCAGUCUGCAAGGCCUGCGUGGCAGACGCUGGCGCCGAGAUCCAGCGCCUCUGCCCUCGCAACAAGGGGGCGAUAAUGUGGUAUGACGACUGCAUGUUCAAGUACAACGACACCAACUUCUUUCGCCAGAUCGACAAAGCCAACAACUUCUACUUGUAUAACGGGAACAAAGUGAGCGACCCUGCGUUGUUCAACCUCAGGGUAACGGAGAUGCUGACCAGGCUGGCUAAGAAGGCCUACUCGAUUCCGAAGCUGUACGCGGCGGGAAAGAAGCGAGUGGACGGUAAGACGACGCUGUACGGAUUGGUGCAGUGUACGAGGGAUCUGUCGGCGGCUGAGUGCAAGGCAUGUCUAGAGGGCGAAAUCGGCGCGAUUCCGAUCAAGUUCAGUGGGCAGGAAGGUGGGCGACUGGGUGGCGCGAGCUGCAACUUUCGAUACGAGACUUACCGUUUUUUUAGUAUUUAA